UAUCUGUUGAUUCACAAUUUCUGCAGUACUGCUUUAUCUCAUACUUUAAUGUUAUAAUUGUUUGCAGUAAUUUCUGUGAAUUUUAUUGUGUUUUCGUACUUUUCUGAUUUCCUUCUAAAAUUGCAGGUGCCACCAACAUUGAGAUUUGUGAUGGAUGGUGAAAUGCCCGACUAUUUGCUUGCCAAAGAUUUGAUUCUGCAAGCUUGUUGUCUCCUUGAUAAAUGAAUUUCAUCUGGCAAAUUAUUGGUGAAAUAACUGUUGCUGGUGGAACAUAUAAAGCUAUGGAAUUUGUUGGCAGCACUGUUGAAAGCUUAUCUAUGGAAGAACGAAUGACAUUAUGCAACAUGGUUGUUGAGGCUGGAGGUAAAAAUGGUAUUGUUCCUGCUGAUAGCACUACAUUUAAUUACCUUGAGGAUAAGACGUCUGUUCCCUAUGAACCUGUUUACAGUGAUGCUAAAGCAAGAUUUCUUAAAGAGUACAGAUUUGAUAUCUCAAAAUUGGAGCCAUUGGUGGCAAAGCCUCCUUCUCCAGAUAAUCGUGCUUUAGCAAGAGAAUGCAAAGAUGUGAAAAUUGACAGAGUAUAUAUCGGUUCUUGUACUGGUAGAAAAACGGAGGAUUUUAUGGCUGCAGCCAGAGUUUUUCUAGCAUCUGGGAAAAAGGUCAAAGUUCCCACAUUUCUUGUGCCUGCUACCCAAAACGUUUGUCAAGCUACAGAAUUAAGUGCUUCGGUGACAACAUCUGUAUAUAUAAAUUUAUCAAGAAAUUUUAUGAAAGGCAUGAUAAAUGAAAUCUUGUUUAUUGUAUAUUCUGAAAUCUGCGGGUUUGGAUGGACGUGUAUAGUCUGCCAGUUCCAGGGUCUGGUGGCAAGACUUGCUCCCAGAUUUUUGAGGAAGCUGGAUGUGACGCACCUGCAAGUCCCACUUGCGGUGCUUAAAUGGGUGGUCCGAAAGACACGCAUGCACGCUUAAAUGAACCUCAGGUAUGCGUCUCGACAACAAACAGGAACUUCCCAGGUCGAAUGGGUCACAAGGAAGGCCAGAUAUAUCUCGCUUCCCCCUAUACGGCUGCUGCGUCAGCUUUGACUGGUUACGUCACCGACCCGAGAGAGUUUUUGCAGUAGGCAGUUUUAUCAUUACAAUCUGAUCAGUGUAUGUCAUCUUUAUAUUCUGCAACUAAAUGCUGUUAGAUAGCAGAGAUUACGGAAUAAUGGGUAUAACAUCCAUCCUACAAGGUUUUAUGUCUUGUGAUUGUCUGGUAGCUGCCAUAUUGUAUGUGUAAUCGUUUGAGCAUGUUAGAAUGUAUUUAUGAAACGAUGGAAUAAAGAGGGCUUGUCGGUGAA